AACUCAGUUAUGUCAACUGUUAAAUUAUAUUUGCGCGGGUCGGCAGUUUUAAUUUUUGCCAAUUAUUUAUAUCUGUACACAUAUAUAAAGGGCUUAUAAGAACCUCUGAUAAGAACGUUUUGUGAUACAUAUCUAACAGUAAAGUAAAACAUUCUGAGGGUUGUAUCUACUAUAAAACUUUAUUUAAUUCCAUAUUUUCAACAAUGUUUAACCCUGAUUCAUCUAUUGCUGAUUUUGGGAAUACUGGGACACCAGGGCAAGUUCAAAAAACUGGUCGCAGAGCGUCGCGUACUGCACCCAUAGUCAUCAAACAGGCUUUACACUUCACUGAUGAUGACUUAAAAAUAUUUUCAACUGAGGUGCAGAUAGUAUCCAUUGUCGCUAGAGUCAGAAACAUUGUAAUGCAAAGCACAAAAAUUACAUACACAAUACAAGACAUUACUGGCAGAAUGAGGGCAGUACUGUGGUUAGAUCAAGAUGCAAUGGAGCAAGAUGAGGAUUCAACACCCAAAGUUCAAGUGAAUGAUUAUGUAGAAAUUUAUGGAAAAGUUAAAACUAACAAGGGGAAAAAAGUUCUUAUGGCAUUUAAAAUAACACCCAUAACUGAUGUUAAUGCUAUUACAUUCCACUACCUGCAAUGUAUUCACAACAAAUACAAGAUGCAAGCACUUGAAAAUGCUAAGGGCCCAUCAGAUAAGGGAGGAGUGGGAGACCUCAAUCACAUGUCACAUGCAGGUUUACCAGCAAAUUCUAUGGUAGGCAUGAGUGACACAGCAUCAGUGUACGGACUAAAGCCUCGUCAAAUGUUGGUGUUCAAGUUGAUACAGGCAUCAACAUUGGAGCAAGGCAUUAGUAAACAAGACUUGUAUGCUGCAUUACAGGAUCGCAUGUCACAGCCAGAACUCACGAGUAUAUUGGAUGAUUUGUCUGGUGAAGGCCAUAUCUAUUCAACUGUUGAUGAAGACCAUUUCAGAGCUACAGAUGCAUAAUACAUUGUUAAAGACCUGUUAUAUCUACCAAAUUUCUGCUUAAAUCUCAAUACAUAUUUUUAAAAUAAAGUCAUACAAAAACAAA